AUGACUGAGGUCAUCCGUGUCUUCUCUGGUCUUAAUAUCAAAGCCAUUCAAAGUGCUUACGAAGUCGUUCGUGUCACUUUUGGCACUCCCGAGCACAACCGUGAGGCAAAACAACUCCAGCAAACACUUGUUCGGCUUGCAACAUUUUGGGGGGUGGUCCCCCAAUUACUUGUGUACAUGUCUUCGACUUCCCUUUUAAGGAAAACGAUUGGUCCUUUGAGGUAACUUUUCAGACCUUUGAUUCCGUCAAGAACAUUAACAAACAAAGGCCUGUUUCAAACGUUGUGCUACCGCCAUGCUAAGCUGGUUCGACUGUAGCGCGACCGUAGCACGACACUAGCACGACUUGGUUUCAGACGUUGACUUUAAUUCAGUCGAAUUGAACGGCUGUUGCCGAAAACAAAACACAAAAAUGAAAAAACGGUUUAGCAAACUUUAAAAUUUAUUUAUAAAUUAUGAAUUGGGUUUGGCACGGCGGUAGCACGGCGUUUGAAGCCAAGUCGAGAUACUGUCGUGUAGCACGAAAAGGCUUGCUGUGAUACACGUCAGUAGCAAGACCUUGUUUCAAACGUCGCGCUACUGCCGUGCUAAAGUCGAAUUUAAUUCGGCACAGCAGUAGCAGGACGUUUGAAACGAGCCAAACCUAUGUUUCUAAUCCCAGCAUCUAUAAUGGCACCCGUUUGGUUUAUGUAGUAUUAACUGGUACCCUCCCUCGUUAUCUGAUUGUCGAGUGUUACUUAGUUCGUUUGUGGUACAGAAGUCAGCCUCUCGUAAGAAAUUUAUGCGCUCUGCAGGGGCAUAAGUCCGGUGACUGUCCCAACAGGGACAAAUGUCUAAAGUGUGGGCAGUCCGGGCAUUUUGCCCGUAAUUGUUCAGGCAAUCUGUCCUCCGCUUAUAAUGCCGACUUCCCGCCUCUACGCCCGUCUUCAGAGGCUGCCGCAGAGGAGGUAAAUAGGGUUUUUCAGCCUCUUUUUUCAUCUGCUUUGGAAGUUCUAUCUGAUCGAAAUUCUAAUCUUCUUAAAGACAAGGAGCUCAAGCUUUUGCAGAACUAG